UGUGAUUGGCUAAAAUAUCUGAUGGGCGGUGCAUAAAGUCUAUCCCAGUCUGUGUCAAAGAGCUACAGCGGACAUGUAAUGAAUUUAUCAAGUUUUCUUUGGACAUGGAGAUUUUCCUGUUGAUGUUAAAGGCACAUCGACUUGGACAAUCUCUCGACGGAGGCGAAACUGAUUAAAUCAGGAAGGAAACUAGCUUUGUUACCUCCGUGUGCUCGCCAUGUGGGGCUACAGUGCAGUUUCAUAACCGGGAGACCUUGUAAGGUUUAGCGCUUCACUUCAGCCAGACUGGCUGAAACCUUUAACCCUCAGCAGGAUGGAUGUCCUUUCAAACACCAUCUCCAUGUCCAACCACGUACAUGGAGAAGACCUCUCAUCUGUCCCUCCUCCUGCCAUGUCUAUCGAUAAACUCCUGCCUGCACUCCUUGAAUGUUUUGGGAUCAUACUAUGUGGCUAUGUUGCUGGUCGAGCCAAUAUUAUCACCUACACCCAAGCCAAAGGUUUGGGGAACUUUGUGUCAAAAUUUGCCCUGCCAGCAUUGCUGUUUAAGAACAUGGUGCUGCUGGACUUUGGUAAUGUUAUCUGGCCGUUUCUUUGGAGCAUUUUAGUGGCCAAAGUGACUGUGUUCUUUGUUGUGUGUGUACUGACCUUACUGGUGGCCAGUAAAGACACCCGAUACUCCAAAGCUGGACUUUUCUCCAUAUUUGCCACCCAAAGUAAUGACUUUGCUUUGGGAUACCCUAUAGUUGAAGCUCUAUACAGAAACACUCAUCCUGAGUAUCUCCAGUAUAUCUACCUGGUGGCACCAGUCUCCCUCAUGGUGCUCAAUCCUAUUGGGUUUGCAUUCUGUGAGGUCCAGAAAUGGAGAUGUGAGCAGCGGCAGCAGCAGAGCAAGCUGCAUGUGGUUGGUGUGGUCUUUAUUCAUGUUCUCAAGAAUCCCAUUGUCUUUAUGGUGAUAAUCGGGAUUGCAGCACACUUUACCAUGGGCCCAGAGAUCCCAGGUUUCAUGCAGGAGUUUGUAGAUGGUUUGGCCAACUCUUUCGGAGGAGCAGCUCUGUUUUAUCUGGGUCUGACCAUGGUGGGGCAACUGAAGAAACUAACCAGGUCUACUGUGGUGGCUCUCAUACUGCUCAUCACUGCCAAAUUACUGGUGAUGCCGCUGUUUUGUAGGGGUAUGGUGGAGGUUUUGGACAGAGGGAAUAUUAGCUCUCAAAAUCGGAGCAGUCUGUCUAACUACGCUUUCCUCUAUGGAGUUUUCCCCACUGCACCCAGUGUGGCCAUUUAUGCCAGUCACUACAACAUGGAGCUGCAGGUGAUGACCUCAGGGAUGGUGAUCUGCACGUUUCUCUCUGCUCCUAUAAUGUAUGUCUCUGCGUGGCUGCUGACUAUUCCCUGGAUGGACCCUAAACCACUAGAAUCAGCACUACAGAACAUUAGCUUUAACAUCAGCAUCGUCAGCUUUGUCGCUCUAGUGUGGUGUGUUGCUGUCAGUGUAAUGAGUAAGAAGUUUCGCAGACGUCCCCAUAUCUUUACUAUCAAUCUGUUUGUGGCUCAGCUGGGGGUAUGUGUAGGUAUGAUCGCAUGGAACUUUGUGGUGGUUCAGGAUAACUUUGUUGGUCAGGUUUUGACCUUUUCUCUACUCUACGGCUCACUCUACAGCACUUACAUUUGGCCAGGUCUGAUAGCUCUCUCUCUGUUCUUGCUGAGGAGGGAUGAGGAGCUGAAAGUGCAGCCUAGUCUUUUAAUUCUAAUUGGUUGGGGAGUGCCAGGUGUAGCAAUAAGUAUCCUUCUCAUAGUGGGAGAGAAGAUGCCAGACACCAUUGACUCUGCCUUCUUUUUCGGCCCAUCUCAGGUUGUGUGUACAGUGGUCGUAUUGGCUGUAGGUAUAGCUGUAGCUGGAAUCUCCCUCAUGCUGCUCAGCAGAGGUGCACAGGAGUAUCAAACCCUUGAUCAUGGCCCACUGAAUGCCACCACAGAGGAUCUCAGGACUGACAACAAUGCACAAACCCAGAGCACUGUUGAGCCGACCAGCAUAGAGGAUGGUAUUAGGAGAGGAUGUCAGGAUUGUGAGUGUAACUGUUCGUUAAUUCAAGCAGCACCUGAUAUUUGCAACAGCAGUGUGAAGGACACACCGUCUAUACAGCCAGGUCAGUGUGGGAACUGCUGUGACUCCUCUCAUUGUUUGCUGGUAGAAGAGGAACAGAAGCAGCAGACUGCUGACCGACAAGUAGCCAGACAUGUACUCCUCGUUCUGCUACUCACAGUCAGCCUUGUGGCUAAUAUCUCCAGUUACCUCUGGUGGCUCUUCAGUCCAGUUCCAGGCAGACUUUACUUAGAGCUGCAGUUCUUCUGUGCUGUGAUCAACUUUGGCCAGGGUUUCAUAUCAUUUGGCAUCUUUGGUCUUGACAAACAUUUAAUCAUUAUACCAUUUAAAAAGAGAUUAGCACGUCUGAUGCAGACUCGGGGACAGGAAGCCGAAGGUUCCUCGAAUGUGUCUGAGGAGAUCAAGCUCACCUGCAGUCAGUUUCUGAAGUACCAUAAAGAACAAUGUGUCCAGGACAUUGUCCAGACAAAGAGGUGUGGGGAGCACAGUGUAGCACACACGUUUCUUGGCAGUGAAAUGGUGUUGUGGCUGCAGACUAUCGGUUUGGCCAGUGACCAGGGGGAGGCACUGCUCUACGGCGCCCGCUUGCUGGAAGGCGGAGUCAUCCGCCACAUCACUAAUGAUUACGAUUUCCAAGACGACAACCUGCAUUAUUGUUUCACAGACGGCUGUGUGGUCCAUCACUAAAGCCGGAUAUACACUGUACUCACUAAAGACAUAUACUGGCGCAGGUUUCUAUCUGUUGAACAGAACACCUGACACACUACAAGCCAUAGUGUGAUUAAUGGCCUGGUGUGAAUUACACUUGGCGUAAACUGACUUGUUUACAGGAAAAAAGGGAUGCAAUUAAACCAUGUGCUGCUUUGAGGAGUAAACUAUAUAUACUUAAUAUUCUAAGUUGUACAAAGGUACAGUGCACUGAAUAUUUUAAAUACAAGACCCUCAAAGCUUUAAGAAAGCCACUGUGUGUGUGUAUGUGUGUGUGUGUAUGUGUGUGUGUGUGUGUAUAUGUGUAUAUAUAUAUAUAUAUAUAUAUAUAUAUAUAUAUAUAUAUAUAUAUAUAUAUAUAUAUAUAAGGUGUGUCACUUCUACUAAACAUUUUACAUUAACUCUUGCACGUCUUCCAUUAAGGAAUGCUUUUCAGCCAAUCUUCUUUUAUUUCAGGUCUCUGGACAUUUUCCUUGCCACACAUUAUGAAUUAUUUUGGACUUUUCAAGCACAUUUUGUAGUAUAAACCCACUGACCACUUUAAUAGGAACACCGGUACAACUGCACAUCCGUAAGAUCAUAAACAUACAGUUCCUGAGUAAAUGUUCACACACAUGGGAAUGCAGAAAAAGUGUGGUCUUUGAUCAUGGCAUGGUUGCCUGUGCUAAAUGGGCUGGAUUGAAUAUUUCAGAAACUAAUAAUCUCACACACAACAGUCUCACAUAGUUUAAUCCAUCCUGUGUGUGGAAGCAUCUGCAGGCUGAAACACCUUGUUUAUGAGAGAGAUCAAAAGAGAAUGACCAACUGACAGGAAAUCACUAGCAAGACAUGAUUUUUUCCUCCCUAUAAUCUUCAACACUCCAGUGUGUCCAGAACCCACCAUGGUUUUCUUCUGUUGUUACCCGUCCACCUCAAGGCUCAAUAUUUUGUGCAUCCUAACAUGCUUUCCUACUCAACACAGCAUGAUUAUAUGACUUUCUAUAUCUUCCCUGGCAGCUUGACCCAAUCUGGCAAUUUUCCUGUGACCUCUUUUAACAAGUUUUAUUAGACACUCCAUUCUCUGUAAACUCUAGACAGUGUUGUGUGUGUGUGAAAAUUCCAGAUCAGCCAUUUCUGAAAUACUCAAACCUUCUCAAGCUCUUCUGGCACUAACAACCCUGCCACCCCAAUUCUGAUUUCCAUUAUGAACAUUAGCCAAAGCUCUUGGCCUGUAUCUGUAUUUUUUUUUGCAUUGCUCUGCUCUGCAUGAUUGAUUGCUUAGAUAACUGCAUGAAUGUUCAGGUGUACAAAUGUUCCUAACAAAGUACACUAGUGAAGAGGUCUUCCAAAAAAGAAAAUUAAUACAAAAACAUGUUUAUACAGAAACACUCAGGGGGAAGAAGCUUUUAUUUGUAGCAUUUAUUGACUUCAUAGGUUCAGAUUUCAAUUAUGUUGCCAUAUAUUGUCAUGUAGCCCAUUAUUUAGUGUUCAAAACACAUCACUCUUCUAUAUGUAACACAAUGCAUGAGUGUGCCAUAGCAGUACAUAUCCAGUUAAGGAUGUAAAUGGGUCUAUUUUUUUUCUUAUGUGUAAUGUUUAAAAUUACCCUCUUAAAAACCUAAACAUUAACUGCAAACAUUGCUGUCACCCUGGCAGUUAGCAGGCUGUAUUUUGGUACUUUUAUUAAUUUAUUGGAGGUACAGUAGUUUUCAUGUUUACAUUGCACAGCUUUAAUGUUUCAUUUGGGUAUCAAAAUAACUUUUUAAAGUGCACUUUUUUUUUUGUAUAAAUUAUGUAUGCAAUAUAUAGUGGAGGGUAAAAUAAAAAACAACAUAACCACCA